AAAGAAGAGCCAUUCAGAGGCUAAUAGCUUUCCUUCCUUGGACCCACCAAGCGUUGGAAGAAGGGACUCUUCAGGCUCAAGGGACAUCAACCCAAGAAAACCCACCUGGAGCCAGGCCCACAACUGCUUUUCCUUCAAUCUAAAAAGGCAGAACUACAGGAGAACCAACACCCUCGAACAAUCAAUCUAAAAUGCCUGGGAUAGGGAUGAAGCCCGAAGAUGCAGGAAAAGCGCGAAAGCGCAAAUUCCAGCAUGAAAGGGGGGCAGAAUCUGAGCCUGAAGAUUUGGGACAAGUCCCAAGAAAGAAAUUCCAGGAGGGAACAGAGAUAGUAUUUAGAGAGCCUGGCGAUGCUCAGAAGACCACCCCUCAGGAGCAACAGCAUCCGGACCAUCAGGAAGAAGAGCCAGGCAGGGGUCAUGUCCUUAAACUCCAUGAGGAGAGUCCAAGAAAACAGAAAGUCCUGCAGAAUAUGAAAGAACCUCCAGAGCAGGCUCAAACGGAGAGGAAGCCUACUGAUGGGGGCACGGGUCGCAAGCGUCCCCAUUCCUCCUAUUCCAUCCUGGAGGAAAACGAUCACCCCACCCCACAGAAAAAGCACAGAAGGUUACCUCCAGACCUUCAGUGUGUAGACCAUGUAAGAGCCGAUCCACACAGGCCAGACUUACCGGAAACAUCAGCGCAAAGCAACCUGGAUAGUGGUAGCAGAGGUACUUUACUCCCCGACAAGACACCAGUACUUGCUGCAAAUAAAAAGCCUCUCGGGGACAAGGAAAAAGGCAGAGAAGUGGAUCGGAUCAUUAAUCUUACACAGGAAAUGGAGGAAGAAAUAAAGAAGGCAUUGGGUCCAGGGCCUCUAGAGGACAUCCUAAGCAGUAGGUUCAAGCUACAAGUCACCCGAGAAGAUAUACAGACCCUGGAGAGUGGCCGGUGGCUGAAUGAUGACAUCAUUAACUUUUAUCUCAACCUUCUCGUGGAGAGAAACGAAGAGCAGGGCUACCCAGCUCUUCACGUAUUCAGUACGUUCUUCUAUCCCAAACUGAAGCACAGUGGCUACUCUUCUGUAAAAAGGUGGACGCGAGGAGUCGAUAUCUUUGAGAAAGAAGUAAUCAUAGUGCCUAUCCACCAGCAGGUGCACUGGAGCUUGGUGGUCAUCGAUAUAAGGAAACAAAAUAUUGCGUACCUCGACUCCAUGGGUCAAUCAGGAAAUUCAAUCUGUGAGACCAUCUUUCAGUAUCUACAGAACGAAAGUAGGACAAGAAGGAACAUCGAGCUGGACCCUUUGGAGUGGAAAAGAUACAGUAUGACAUCAGAGGAGAUUCCUCAGCAACUGAAUGGGAGUGACUGUGGGGUGUUUACCUGUAAAUAUGCAGAUUACAUCGCUAGAGACCAACCUGUCACCUUUACUCAGCAGGACAUGCCCUUCUUCAGGAAGAAGAUGGUAUGGGAAAUCCUGCACAGUCACUUACUGUAACAACAUCCACCUGGUUGCUAUGGUCCCCGGCCCUGUACUUUUCCAUCCACGUUUCUAAUAUACCUCAAGGAGGAUGAGUUGAAGAGAUUAGAAACACUGAAGGAGCUGUCUGACUGGACCAAGCCCACUCUCUUCAAUAUAGUGCUAUCAUGGGCUGUGGGACUGCUGCCCUAAUGCCAUCUCUAGGAUGGGUGCAACUACUGCAAGCUUAGAAACUGCUGCUGUCCAGCCCACAGGAGACUACUUGUCCAAGAAAUAAUGUUAUAAUGCUGGAUUUAGUCAAUGAAUUGGUGCUUUUGUUUAUUUUGUUUGGUCUUUUGGUUGUGGCUUUGAUUUUAUUCUUUUGUAUUUAUAUUUUUGUGCGUAUUUUGCUUUUAUUGAUGAUUUUGUGUUUUUUGUGUCUCCUGGGUUUUUUGUU